CACGAGGGUGCGGUGGUUCUGAGUCACUGUUGUGACGUCAGUUUCCAUCCAGACAGGAUCGAGAGCCCAAAAAAGACAACGUCCAAAACUCAAGGGAAGACAGCAUUCUGAGGAGCAUCUUUCAUCCAACUUGUUACUAGUAUAUUUGCUGCAUCUUGCCACUGGCAGUUACCGUGGCUUCACCAUGUUAUCAGCAGUUCGACAAAGCCAUCGUCGAGUCUUUAAUUCAAUAGCAGCAUCCCUUCAUCGAGUUCGAAAUCGCAACUCCUAUAUUGGUCAGAGGUAUCGAGGGGCUUCCAGUACUUCUACUUCCAUUUCACAGGAUGAAGUUUCCAAGUUCUCAGGGAUGGACAAAGAUUGGUGGGAUCCAUCCUUUCAUCCCUUGAUUGCCAUGAACCCAAUUCGAAUCCGGUAUAUUCUAGAUAUUGUCCAGAAACAGCACAGUGCAACAACCAACCACAACAACCCCAACGCCCCACCACUGCACAAUUUCAAGGCUCUCGAUGUGGGAUGUGGUGGGGGGCUCUUGUCGGAAUCCUUGGCGCGAUUGGGAGCCAACGUCACGGCCAUUGAUCCAUCCGAAGCCCUGGUGCAAAAGGCACAGGAACAUGCCAUGCAAACAGGAGAUCCCCGGUUGCGCAACAUUGACUACCGAGGAGGCUUGUCGGUCGAAGAAUUGGCCGCCACAGAAGACGACAAUCAUCCAUUAUUAUUUGACGUGGUGUGUUUGUUGGAAGUCCUAGAACAUGCAUCGGAUGUGGCGUCUCUUGUUCAAGCCGCUUCGUCCUUGGUGAAACCCGACACGGGGCUGCUCUUUGUAUCCACCAUGAACCGGACCUGGAAAAGUCACUUGCUCACCAUUGUGGGAGCCGAGUACAUUAUGGGAUAUGUCCCUCGUGGAACUCAUGAUUGGAACCAGUACUUGGCGCCUCAAGAAGUGGCACAAACAAUGGAUGGCUUUGGGAUGGAACAGGUACAUGUCAGUGGAAUGGUGCUGACGAAGCCUCCCCUUUGUGGUCAAUGGGAUUGGAAAUUGGACGGAAACGAUACCGACGUCAAUUGGAUUGGAGCCUAUCGAAGGAGAAUCAACCCAACCUAGCUAGCUACAUUCUUGGAGAACUAUAAUAGAACGACUAGGUACCGGUAGGCUACGAAAGAACAGUAGAGCUUGAGCGCAAGGCAGCUGACACAUGCAAAAUAUGAAACAAUGUAGAAUAGCUAGUUGUUACGCAUUGUACGUUUACGCGAACUCGGUGGCAUCUACUGGAGUCACGAGGUAGGAGGGUGGAAGAUUGACUGUGACUCCAGCAGGAGGCUCGUUUCUCUCCGGGG